AUGAAGAAUCCACAGCUUACUUUAGGGCUUAUUUUCAGAGACAGUGUGCAAUUCAAGAAAGUCGUCAUGAUGCAUUCCUUAGUGAAAGGAUAUGGGGAAAUUCAUUUCCACAGGAAUGAGAAGUUGAAGAUUACUGCCAAAUGUGUAAAGGAUUGCACUUGGAUGUCUGCUGCUGGCAAGAUGCAUGGAUCAAGCAACAUCCAAAUCAAGACAAUCCUUGAUCACCACACAUGUGGGAGAACUUGGGCAAAUAAGAACAUAACUACUUCUUUACUCACAGAUUUGUACUUAGAUCGGAUAAAGUUCAAUCCCAUAUGGCAUGUCGAAUCUUUUUUAUCCACUAUGAAAACUGAGUGGAAUCAUUGGUGUACAAAGAUGAAGGCUUAUAGGGCAUUGAAUAAAGCUUUCAAGAUUAUUGAAGGGAAACAUGCAGAGCAAUAUACAAAACUAUGGGAUUUUGCUGAGGAAGUAAGAAGGACUAACCUUGGAAGCACUGUGAAAUUGAAGUUGGAUGGGGAAAGGUUUCAGAGGAUAUAUGUUUGCUUGGGGGCGUGCAAAGAUGGCUUUAAGGCAGGAUUGGUGGAAAUGAAAAAUAAGGCAGCUUGGGUUUGGUUCUUACAAUUGUUAGAUGAUGAUGUGGGUAUAGAAAACCAAAAUAGGUGGACAUUUAUCAGUGACAAGCAAAAGGGGCUAAUUCCAGCAUUUCAAAAGUUUCAAAAACAACAACGGUUACACUUCAAAAAGGCAAUGGAUGAGGUUAAGAAGCUAGAUGAGAAGGCCUACAAUUGGCUAGUGAAGAAGCCUUCAACUCAAUUGAGCAAGGCCCACUUUGAAACCUAUCCAAAGUGUGACAUGUUGCUCAAUAAUUUGUGUGAAUCAUUUAAUGCCGUCAUACUAGUGCCAAGGCAAAAGCCUAUUAUAACUAUGCUGCAAAUGAUUCAGACUGUUGAUGAAAAAAAUUCAAUUGAAGAGAGGUAUAAUGAUGAAGCAAGAGGGACCAAAUUUCAAGUGGAUGCUAGAGGUAGGGAACAAUAUGUGGUGGACUUGGUUGAGAAGACAUGCUCUUGUAGGAAGUAUGACUUGACGGGAAUACCUUGCAACCAUGCAAUAUCUGCCAUCCAUUUCAAGAGAGAAAAACCUGAGGAUUAUGUGGAUGCAUACUAUUCAAAGGCACGGUACUUUGAAGCAUCCAUAUCAGCCCAAGAGAGAGCAUCAUCAUCAGCUGAAGUUGCACCUAAAAAGAGAACAAGGAAAUCUAAGGCAUCACAAUCAGGGGAUGGUUCAUCUGCAAAUCCUGAAACUCAUUCACCGAGAGCCACCAAGCAGAGAAAGACAAGGCAAACCAAGACCUAA